CCCUGGCGAUUAUUCUCGUCACAACUUUAUGCUUGGAUAAAAGCGGUUGAGGUGGAACUUCUGGACAGUACAACCCAACUUGAGUUUUACUACAGCCACAGUCGGCCACCUUUAUUUUCGUUUGAUGGCGAGGCCGAGCCACAGUGAGCAUGUCCUGCAGCAGCUCAACAACCAGCGGGAGUGGGGCUUCCUGUGUGACUGCUGCAUCGCCAUCGGCGACAUCUACUUCCGGGCCCACAAGGCCAUGCUGGCUGCCUGCAGCUCCUACUUCCGCAUGAUGUUCAUCCAAGACCAACAGGGGACGGUGCGCAUGGACCUCAGCAACAUGCAGAUUAGUGCGGAGUGCUUCGACCUAAUCCUGCAGCUCAUGUACUUGGGCCGCAUCGUGGUGGGCAGCUACGAGUUUGAGGCGCUCAAGGCCUCAAUGGCCUUCCUGCAGAUGUACUACAUCCCCGACUCCCUGGAGGACCUCGGGGACAUCAGAAGUGCCUCAAACCUCACACCGUCCUCCUCUACCUCUUCCUCCACCACCUCGCCCAGCUCCUCUUCCUCUGCUGGCCCGGCAAUUAUCGGCAAAAUGAUGUUUGGAGUCCGCAUGUAUGAGCAGCAGAAGCCAGGUGCCCCAGAGAGCGAUCCCAAAAGUUUGCCCAAAGUUGCAAUUACUGCUGUGCCUGUGCGACCAAGCAUUCUUGUCCCAGUCAACAGGCCUCCACUCGUGGUGGAGGAUGUGGCACCCCCUUUGGUAGUAGUAGCAUCACCGUUUCUAGACAGUGUAGCUGAGCAACCUUGUGACCUGCGCAAGAGGCCCAGCGCCCGGAUCGCCACCUUAAAAGAGCGCCCCCGCUUCGGACGCACUUACACCUGCGAAGACUGCGGCUUUGUUUUCAGCUGCGAGAAGCUGCUGAUUGAGCAUAUCCUCACCUGCACCAACCGUAAGGCCUUCCAGGUCCCCAGGACCAGCGCAGAGACAGACAAUGAUUCCAGCAAGGCGGAGAGCUCGGCCUCUGAGGGGAUGGAGGAGCACAGGGUGGUCUGCAAGGCUAGAGGAGAUUGGCCGGACCACAAAUCUGACUCUAACACGGCGAUCAAGUCUGUGGCAACUGGUACGGAAAACGAGCCUGGAUCUGCCAGAAAUAUCCCCAUCAAGGUGGAGCCGGAAGAAAACGUGGUGUCCGAGAUGAUGGAUGGCAUUAAAGUGGUCCAGGUAGGAGAUAUCAGAGCAAGGCACAGUGCACUCAAUGACACUAUGAGGGACCCGAUUAAAUGUGACCAGGAGCCCGAGGCUGGUGUUUCCGUCAUGAACAACAGCAACAAGCCAUUUGAAGGGCACAUGUCCAGCAAUGAGGAUUCUGGCAUACCUGCCAAGAUGCACAAGAUUAAAGAGGAGAAGAAGGACGGGGAAAGUUUGCCAUGUGAGCUGUGCGGAGAACUUCUCACGGAGGAGUACCAGUCAGCCCACUACAUCUCCAGCCACAUGGGCCACAUCUGCGCCUGUGGGAGGUGUGGCCAGGUCCUAAUCAAGGGGUGGCAACUGCAGGAGCAUGCUGAGCGCUGUGGCGAACCUCAGAGUGCAGACACUGACUCUCAUGGGGAGGAAGGCGACACGCCCCUGCCAGAGGAACUGCAGGCCAUGGACGAUGGGCUGCUGGAGGGGGGCGACCUGGCCUGCCCCCACUGUGGCCUGCUUUUCCAGAGUGAGAGCCUGGCCUUGGAACACGCUCUGACCUGCCACGAGCAGGAGCUGUUCCGCCCUGUCCUGCUGGAGGAUGGCGGUGUCGAGCCUGACCAUCGGCGCAAGCAUUUCUGUGCCAUCUGUGGCAAGGGCUUCUACCAGCGCUGCCACCUGCGGGAGCACUACACCGUCCACACCAAGGAGAAGCAGUUCAGCUGUCUGACGUGCGGCAAGCAAUUCCUGCGUGAGCGGCAGCUCCGGCUGCACACCGACAUGCACAAGGGCAUGGCGCGCUACGUCUGCCCCGUGUGCGACCAGGGCACCUUCCUCAAACACGACCAUGUGCGCCACAUGAUCUCGCACCUGUCGGCCGGGGAGACCAUCUGCCAGGUGUGCUUUCAAAUCUUCCCCAGCGGCGAGCACCUGGAGAAACACAUGGAUGUGCACCUGUACAUCUGUGGCGUCUGUGGGGAGAAGUUUCGCCUUCGCAAGGACAUGCGGAGCCACUACAACUCCAAACACACCAAAAGACUGUGUCCUGCCUGAAUGAAUGUGUCUGUUACUUCAAAGUCAUAAACGUGAGAACAAAUGUAUGCACUUAAACACCCCCAAAAAUAACCUACUAAAUCUGCACUUUCAAAAUGUAUGCCUAAUCGAAGUGUCUUAUUGCCUAAAAGUUGAGGCAUAUAUUUUUGAGUUUGAUGUCUAUUUGUUUUCCACCCCUGCACUAAACACACAUUAAUGUAAUUUGAUGACAUUGCCACAUAAAGUAGACAAAUCCUUAGCACAUUUGCCACACACAGUAGAGUGGCGCAGCGGUCUAAGGCACUGCAUCUCAGUGCUAGAGGCGUCACUACAGACUCUCUGGUU